AUGCUCACCAUCACUAAGCCUGUGCAGUACGGCUACGGGCCCGUCCAUGAUCUACCCACCCCGCCGAGCACAUCACGACCUUCUCCCCCCUUGAUAUAUAAGGAUUCGAGCUACAAGUCCACGCUCACUAACCCGCGAGACAGCAGUCCGUUGCAUCAGCCCAUGUCGGCACCUCACCGUGGCUUGCCACCGCCGGCGGCCUUGCCUCCAGUUCAGCCACCUCCAGGAUCCGGACUUUCCCAACCACCAGUGUCGGGGCCUCCCCCGCCGCCACCGCAGCAAAACCAGUCCUACACGCAGCUUCCGCUACCGCCAUCGUGGCAUGGUAAUGAGGAGUCAAUGCAGUACUGGUUGAAAGCGAAGGCAGAAGAGGACAAGAGAAAGCAAGAAGAGGAGAAGACACGACAGGAGAGUUUCCGCUUGGAGCAGAGGAAAAUGGAGCACGAAAUUCUGAGGACAUCACUGCACGGAGGAAUUCCCCCUCCGCUAGUACCGGUGGUGUUCGCCGGCAUGGGCGGAGGAGCGCUUUCGCCACAGGCAUGGGAACUGGCACAGCAAUUCCUGCCACCGCACCAGCAGCAACAUCCGCCAGCAUUGAUGCCAUCAGGGGCCAUUGCCUCAGAACACCAAAGAAGAGACUCGCAAGCACAGGGAUACGGCCAAUAUCCAACCUCUGGGGGAGUGCCGUCCACGCCGGGAUCGGCACAGGGGCCAACCAGCUCGUACAUGGCAGGCUAUCCAGGGUCUCCCACGAGGCCUCGGGGACAGAGCAUGCCCGGUCGGCCACCAUCCAAUCUUCCGAAUCUCAAUACGAACCUGCCGGGCGGGCCGGGCGGCGGGCCAGCAACAGCUUCACAUCCCGGAAUUGCUCACUCGCAGCACCAGGACGCCCAGCCGUCGCCGUCGAUUUAUUUCCACCACUGGCAGCCUCCCACCACUCAGGCGGGAGGGACACGGAGUGGCACGGAUCAACCCGGCACGCCCUCAGUAGGGGAAUCACCGCGAAAACGAAAAGCAGCAGGGCCACAGCCUCCCAUUCCUCCACCAUCGACGGCACAACGGCUUCGCUCACCACCGUUUCAACACAGCGCAGCGCUCUCCAACCCACCACCAGGGCGAAGAAGAGGCCACUCGCGGCAACGGAGUGACCUGGGAUCAUACCGGGCCGGAGGGCGGGGCCUUCGUGGAGAGAGCUCUGGGCCGGGGCGAGAAAUGUCGCCGAUGCACACGUCUGGGGCGAGCUCGGCUCGCGAGAGUGAACCUUCCAGCUCGUCCCAGGCUCAGCAAGGGCAGCAGCUGCAUCGUGCACCACCUCCACAACCAGCUCCCAUGCGGACCGGAGCACACUCGGUUUCGUCCCUGCUCUCGGACACUCCACAGUCCCCCCAGCCUCCGACGCACCAAUUUGCCGUCUCCUCGGAACCACGACAAUUCGGGCAGCAACAACAGCAACAGCAACAGCAACAGCAACAGCAUCAUCACCACCACCACCAGCAGACGCCUCAUCAAACGAUAUACCAGCAGCAGCAGGCAUAUGGCGAGAGCGAGCGGACGUUGGAAGAAAAAUUGCGCGGUGGUGGAGUUCCAGGAUCCGAUGUUUCAGCAUCCCCGACUCGCCCCAAACUCGUUGUGGUUUGGUAA